GGAGGCGCGGCGAGGGGAGGGCAGAGGCGCCGUGGUGAGGGGAGCUGAGCCGAGCCACGCAGAGCCAGGAGGGACACGGCCGGACGGGACGCGCCAGGCGCUCCUGAGCUGAGUCACGUCCGUCAAGCCGAACCGAACCAAACUGAACCAAACAACAGAACCAAACUGAACCGAACCGAGCUGAACCGAACCAAACAACCAACCUAACCGAACUGUGCCACGCCAAGCUGAGCCAAAUCGAACCGUACUGAACCGAACCGAGCCUCGCCAAGCCACGCUGAGCUGGACCGUGCCACGCCAAACCACCCCAUGCCCGGCCGCCCGCCCGGCAUGGCUCCCUGGCUCUGGCCGUGCCUCCUGGCCGCCCAGGCCCUGGCCGCCAACUUCCCCCCCCGGUACAGCCUCUACACCGGGGGCGCUGCCCCGCUCAGCACUGGCCAAGCUACGGCUCCACAGAACCCCACUACGACCCACAGCGCUGCCCGGGCUGCCAGCCGGCACAGGAACUGGUGUGCCUACGUGGUGACGCGCAGUGUGAGCUGCGUGGUGGAGGAUGGCGUCGAGAGCUUCGUGAAGCCAGAUUUCCAGCCCUGCCCCUGGGGGCAGCUCCAGUGCCCCCGCGUCCUGGCGUACCGCACCUUCCUGCGGCCACGCUACAAGGUGUCGCAGCGCACGGUGUCGGAGCUGGCUUGGCGCUGCUGCCAGGGCUAUUCGGGCCCGGACUGCACCGAGGGGUCUGCACCGGCGUCACCCCUGCCCACUGGCCGCCCCCAGCCCGGCCGCCCCACGCUCUCUGGCUUCGGCAACCCCCUCAGCGGAUUGGGGGGCGAAGGCGGUGGAGAUGCAGAGAAGGUGCGGCGGCUGGAGGAGCAGGUACGGCAGCUGAGCGAGGUGGUGGAGGAGCUGCGCGCCGGGCAGGAUUCGUCACCAGAGCAGCCGCGCCGGACAGCCAACAGCGGCCUCGAAGGCGAGCAGCCAGCCGACGCAGCCGCCCCCGCCGAGGUGCGGGAGGUGCUGAGCCAUGUCCAGCGGCGGCUGGAGGAGCUGGAAAGCCGCCUGCGCCGCCAGGAGAUCGGCCGGGAGAGCCCAGCAGCCGCCCCAGCGCUGCGUGAGCUGGAGCAGCGGCUGCAGGAGACGUGUGCGGCAUGCACGGCUGGCACCGAGGGGCUGCGGCGGCAGGCGGCCGAGGACCGGGACCGCAUGCGGGCGCUGGAGAAGCUGGUGGGCUCGGUGGACCAGCGUAACCGGGAGGCAGUCGAGACAGUGCAGCGGCACAUCAGCAGCCUGAGCAGCCGGCUGGCUCCCGCUCCGCAACCAGAUGAACUAUACCGGCGGCUGGCAGAGCUGGAACGACGCAUGGACGCACUGCCCACAGCGGCCGUGGGGCCAGGAGGGCAGGGGCCGGUGCUGGCUCGGCGGCUGGCAGAGCUAGAGGGGCAACUGAACGCCUCGCGGGCUGGCCCGUGGGUGCUGGAGCCAGAGGCGCGGCUGAGCGGGUUGCCGGGACGCGUGGCCAACCUGAGCCGGGUGGUGGACGGGCUGGCAGCCAGCGGUGCCCAGCGUGGCGCGCGCCUGACCGAGCUGGAGGGGCUGCUGGCCCGCUGUGGCCAGCACUGCCCCACUACCCCGGAGCCGCCAGCCAGUGACCAGGACCGACAGCUCGAGCCCCAGCUCCGGCAGCUGGAGCGGCGGCUGGAGGCGGCCGAGGGGCAGCUCGGGGCACUGGGAGGCAGUGGGGCCACGCUGGCCGGGGAGCUGCAGGCACUGCAGGAGCGGCUGGGGGAGCAGGACAAGGUGCUGGCUGGGCUGACGGGGCAGAUGGAGGGUGGAGCAGCCCUGAUGGAGGAGCUGGCACAGCUCCGUAACCGGACAGGGUGGCUGGAGGCUGAGCUGGAGCAGCCGAGCAGCCGCCUGUGCCCCCAGCCCUGUGCCGCACUUGCACCCCAGGAGCUGGAGCGGUUGCGGGAGGAGGUGGGCACCUGCACAGCUGCGUGCCGUGUGCCGCAGCCUGCUCCUACCACGCCAGAGCCAGAGCUGGAUCUAGAGUCAGAGCCACCGCUGGAGGGGUUCAGCAUCUUCGGGGGCCCCUCGACCUGGGAUCUGCGGGCACUGCAGGACGAGCUGGCGGAUGCGCUGCUGUCACUGGGCAGGCUGAACACCACGGUGCAGGGGCUGCAGGACGAUCUGGACCAGCAGGAUGCGCGGCAGCGCCAGCUGGGCAUCAUCACUGACCGCAUUGUGGCCGAGCUGGACCAGGCGGCAGCGGCAGCAGCAGCGCGGGAGGCAGAGAGCGAGGAGCGUCUGGAGGGGCUGGUGCGAGAGCUGGUGCGGGCAGGGGGCUGCACAGCCACCCUGGAGCCCCGGCUGGCCAAGCUGGAGGGCGUCUGCGAGCGGCUUGAGGAUGUGGCAACUGCAGUGCGUGACGUGCGCCAGGGCUUGGGCCGGCACGUGGCCGGGCUGUGGGCCACCACACGGGACCUGAACGCCACAGCGCAAAACCAGGGAGCGCUGCUGGAGAAGGCGCUGCAGGCUCAGCCCCGGCUCAGUGCCAUCAAUGCCAGCCUGCAGCAUCUGCGUGGCGAGCUGCUGCGCCUUGGCCAGAGCCAGCGCGACGGCCCCCCUGGCCCCCCUGGCCCCUCCGGCCCCCCAGGUGAGCAGGGCCCCCCUGGCCCCUCAGGGCCCCCUGGCAAGGAUGGAGAGCGUGGCCCCGCUGGCCCCCCUGGGCUGCCCGGAGAGAAAGGCGAGGUCGGGGAGCCGGGGUCUGUCCCCCGCAUCGCCUUCUCGGCCGCCCUGAGCACCCAGCGCUCGGAGCCGGGCACCAUCCCCUUCGACCAGGUCCUGCUCAAUGAUGGUGGCGCCUAUGACCCCGAGACUGGCACGUUCACGGCGCCGGUGGCCGGGCGGUACCUGGUGACGGCGGUGCUGACAGGGUACCGGGGUGCUGCACUGGAGGCUGUGCUGUCCCGCUCCAACCUGGGCAUCGCACGUCUGGACUCGGCCGGGUUCCAGCCCGAGGGGCUCGAGACGGAGCCGGGGGCCGCACUGCCCCCCGUGCCGGGGGCACUGGGGGUCUUCAGCCUCCUGCUGCCGCUGGCCGCUGGUGAGACCCUCUGCGUCGACCUGGUGUCGGGGCGCCUGGCCCACGCGCCUGACGAGCCCCUCACCCUCUUCAGCGCUGCUCUGCUCUACCCAGAGCCCUAGGGACCCCCCAUGGGACCCCCAUCCUGGUGGGACCCCCACACACACACCAAGAGGCCCUAGGGACCCCCAAACACCCCCUUGGGACCCCAGACCCCGGUGGGACACCCCCAUUCCCACUAAGAGGCCCUAGGGAUCCCCCCCACCCCCAGCGGAACCCCCCAGUGCACACCCAGGAGCCCUAGGGACCCCCAACACCUUUCCCCCAGUUCACACACAGGAUCCCUAGGGAACCCCAAACUCCCCCAUUCACACCAAAGAGUCCGAGGGCUUUAAAACCCACCGUGACACCCCCACCCCUUGGGGAUGCCCCUCCAUUCACACUGAGGAAUCCUAGGGACCCCCUGACUCCCCCAUGGGACCCCAGACCCUGGUGGGACCCCCACAUUCACACCGAGCAGCCCUGGGGACCCCUAAACACCCCCCCCAUUCACAUCCAGGAGCCCUAAAGACUCCCAAACACCCCUCCCAUUCACACCUAGGAGCCCUAGGGACCCCCAAACACCCCUCCAUUCACACCCAGGAGCCCUAGGGACCCCCAAACACCUCUCCCAUUCACACUCAGGAGCCCUAGGGACCCCUAAACCCCCCCAUUCACACCCAGGAGCCCUAGGGACCUCUAAACACCCCCCAUUCACACCAACCAGUCCUAGGGACCCACAAACCCACCUCCCUUCGUAUGCAGGAGCCCUGGGGACCCACAAACACCCCCCCAGUGG